GGGCUGAGCAUUUCCUUUUUUCCCUAUUUGCAUCACACUGUGAAGCAAAAAAAAAAAAAAAACAAGACUAAACUACAAAUGAGGUUUGGAUUAAAGUGAGCAGACCUGGAAGAGGAUGCUGCAAAAAACUACAAAGCUUCCAAAACAACACCGACUCACUCAGUCAGUCAGUCAGUCGACGGACAGACUGGUCAGUGGAGGACGGAAAUAAAAAAAAGGACAGAUCAGCCAAAGUUUGACGCAAUUCUUCCCCGGAUAACCAGGAAUAGACUGAAGUGUCAUCAUCGAAGUAUCUCACAGAGAGAAAAACAACGAUUUCCCCCAACUUUGGACCCGCAGGUAAUCUGAGGAAGUUGGGAAAACCGAUAAAGCAAGUUGUGUUGCAGAAAUUCACGUUUUUUUCCAAAGCGGACAAAUCUCAUUUUUGAUACAUCGUAAAGGAUUUUGAACAUUCAUCAACGCCGCUUGUAAAUGAAUCCGAGUGGAGUUUCUGAUCCUCAAAGAGACACUCCCAUGAGAAUAACGGAGGUUUAAACUCUGUAUGCUGGAGAUAACGACUUUGUCGAUGUUUUCUGGACAUGGACAGACACCGAGGAGUCAAAAUCAAAAGGCCUCUUUAAUGAAAUAAACAGCCGGGUGUUAUAAUGAAAAUGUUAAUUCGGUGAAGUCUUUCGGAAACUCUUCAGGGAAGCCCAAUGAGUGGCCCACAGUCAACACUCACUGACAGGACCCCAAGCAUUCUCAACCACGACCCCACUGACAAGAAACCCAAGAAUGAGAAAUCCCCCGUCUCCCUCAAACACGAGUUCGACCCGACAGGUCUUGUCCAGCGGUGUGUGAUAAUCCAGAGAGAUGAAAAUGGCUUUGGACUGACUGUUAGUGGAGACAAUCCUGUGUUUGUGCAGCUGGUAAAAGAAGAUGGAGCUGCGAUGCGAGCCGGUGUUCAGACAGGAGACAGGAUCAUAAAGGUUAACGGGACUUUAGUCACACAUUCAAACCACAUAGAGGUUGUAAAGCUCAUAAAAUCGGGUUCAUAUGUAGCCCUCACAGUGCUGGGGAGGCCUCCGGGACUCCCUCAGAUCCCCCUCGGGGAGGAAGAGGAGGAGGUGAAGGAGGACGGAGCAGAGGUCAGCACACCCUCCUCUCUCUCCGCGCCGCACUCACCUGCUCUGCCAGGUGGGGAGAAAGGCAACCCAGCCUGCAGCCCCUCUCUAGCUGACGGGGACGAGAACAAAACCACGCUCAGCCAGAAGGCCGACAUCCUGCAAAAAAUGCUAACCAAGGAGCAACAGGACCUGCAGGCAAAGGAGGAGGAGUACAGCAGAAACCCUCGGCCUAAACUACUGAAGGAGAUCCAAGAGGUCAAAAAGCACAUUUCUGUUCUGCAGGAGCAGCUCAGCAAAGCCGUGUUCCAGGUCGGAGCCACAGCAGCUGAGGAGGGGGACGGUGGGCCUCCUGUGAGGGAACAGACCUCGUCUUUGCAGGGUGACAGCGGUAACGACGGGCCCUCGACCAACAAUAACUCUAUUCAUGGCAGCCCCCUCCCAGAGAGUCCUGGCAACAAGGACACGCCCUGCCAGAGCCCCGACAUCAGCCGCAGAGACGCACUCAACUUCUGCUCGUCGCCUGACACUGAGGAGACCCCAGACACAGAAUCCAGUGCCCAGUGCAUUGUGGGUAGCCCUCCCUACCUCCUCAACCCUCAGAUCAUUGGCGCAGAAGACGACUACUUUGACUCUCAGCAGGAGCAGAUUAAUGGACCGUGUAGCUCUUUCGAGACUUUGGAUUUACUGAAAUCUCGGCCGGCUCACCUCGCGGUCUUCCUCCAUCAUGUUGUCUCACAGUUUGACCCUGUGCCUUUGCUCUGUUAUCUCUAUGCUGAAAUGCACAAGCAAACCAGCUCCAAAGAGAGCCGACGUUUCUUCAUUGAAUUCCACUCGCUCUUUAUGGAUCGAUCAGCAAACCUUAAAGUAUCGCUGCCAGAGGCAAUUUCAACAGAAUUGGAGAAGCGCAGGCUGGAGUUAAUACCUGAAGACGUCUGCAAACAGUACACUCAGACGUUACAGGAUUCCCUCUUACCCGACCUGAACAAGAACCUGGAAGACUUCAGACAGAAGCGCAGCAUGGGUCUGACUCUGGCUGAAGACGAGCUGUCGAAGCUGGACUCAGAGCGCGGAGAAAACCAACAAGUCUUGGAGAAGGAGUGCUCCUGUGCCGAACACAUCCUGUCCAAGAUAGAGGAUAUCCUGUUGACGUCACAGCCUACAGAGGAGGAGAAGUGCCAAACAAUGCAGUAUGUGAUUCUCACCUACAUGAAGCACCUCGGGGUGAAAGUGAAGGAGCCGCGCGGUCUGGAACACAAACGAGCUCGCAUCAAUUUCCUGCCCAAGAUUAAGAAGAGCAUCAAGUCUGAGAAGGACGGUGAGGAGAAGGUGAAAAGGCCUCGAUUUCCCAGCAUCCUCGGCCCGCCACGACGUCUGAGCAGAGUGGAUUCAACUUCAGUCGGUAAGGCCGUGGAAAUUAACAAGCAGCGGUCGCCAAAGCAGCUUCCUCAGCCAACCGUCUGCAUCCCCGAGCAGUCGGACUCCUCCUCUUCAUCAAAUUCUGGACGGACUCGUGGAAAUCAGCUGAGCGAGGGUUCAGACACCAGCGUCUUAUCCCUGCCUUCCACCACCUCUCCCACACACAGCUCGCCCACCUGUCUGACCUCGGAUACCAGCGGACAAGACUCAGACUCCAAUUUGUCUCCGUUCUGCAUCCAGACCAGACCGAGCGAAGGUCUGCAGCCUGGAGACCACCAGGACGCCGUCUCCAGUCCAACCAGCACGCAGUUUGACUUCAGCCCCUCUAAUCUGGAGCAGUUACAGGAAGAAGACCAGGAUGCCUUCAGGAUGGAGGUGCAGUGUGCGGUGAGUUCAGGGGACAUCCAGAGCGAAGACGACCUCGGAGGAGAGGUGGAGGGAGGCGAAGAGGAUCCUUUGAACUGGCAGAGUCUGGUCAGUCGAGGAGUCCUGGCCAGUUUAACACCUGAGGAGAUCAAACGGCAGGAAGUCAUCAACGAGCUGUUCUACACGGAGCGCGCUCACCUGAGGAUGCUGAAGGUGUUGGACUCUGUUUUCUAUCAGAGGCUGAACAGAGACGGGAUCCUCCCUCCAGAAGACCUCAAACACGUCUUUAUCAACCUGGAGGAAAUCAUUCAGCUGCACGUUUCUGUAACAGAGCAGAUGACCUCAAUCAGGAAGAGAAGUGAGACGUCUGUGAUCGGGCAAAUCGCAGAUGAUCUCCUGGCAUGGUUCAGCGGGGAGGAAGAGGAGAAGAUUAAAAGAGCGGUGGGGACGUUCUGCAGCAACCAACCGUCUGCGCUGGAGCUCAUCAAGAGCAGAAAGAAGAAAGACCAGAGGUUCACCUUAUUCAUGCGGGAGGCGGAGAGUAACCGUCUGUGUCGCAGGCUGCAGCUGAAAGACAUCAUCCCUGUAGAGAUGCAGAGAGUCACCAAGUACCCACUUCUGCUGGACAAUAUCGCCAAAUACACAGAAGACGGCGAGGAGAGAGAAAAAGUGCGGAGAGCUACAGAAUGUUGCAAAAAGAUCCUCAACCAUGUAAACCAGGCGGUCAAAGAGGCUGAAAACAAACAGAGGCUGAUCGAGUACCAGAGAAGGUUAGACAUCUCCUCACUCAAACAGAGUGACAACCCCAUGAUCCUCGAGCUGAAGAAUCUGGACCUGACAAAGAGGAAGAUGGUGCACGAGGGGCCGCUCUCCUGGAAAAUCAACAAAGACAAAAUAAUUGAGCUGUACACGCUCCUGCUGGAGGACAUUCUGGUUCUGCUGCAGAAACAGGACGAGCGUCUGGUCCUCAAAUUGCACGGCAAAAACCCGGCCAGUGCAGCCGACACCAAAAACAUCUUCAGCCCGGUCAUCAAACUCAACACUGUGCUGGUUCGUCCUGUAGCCACUGACAACAGGUCUUUCUUCGUGCUGUCCAUGUCAGAAAACGGGGCUCAGAUCUACAAGGUGAAGUCUCAGACGGUGUCCGAUCAGAGAAUGUGGCAGUGUCUGAUCACACAAUGUGCCGACGCCAUGAAGGCCAAACCUCACAACAGAGACAAACCUCCAGCUCAGACCGAAGCCGAGCGAGACGCCAUCGAGAUCAUCAAACAAGCUUUGCCCAAAGCGACCAAAGAGGCUGCUGGCACAUCGGAUGGAAGCAGCAACUCUUCAGAUCUCGCGUCUCCAUGCGUCGCCGAUAAAGAUGGCGCCUCUUCUCCAGACAUUCAGCGUCCGUCGAGUACCAACCCGUUUGACGGCAUGAAAUCAGAGGAUGAGGAAGAGGAGCUGGCCUCAGCAGAGAGACAGGAGGAGGAGGAGGAGGAGGAGGAAGAGGAGGAAGAGGAGGAGGAAGGGGGUGAUGAAGAGAUAGAUGAAGCAGAGCUGGAGGCGUUCCUGGACGGGCAGCUGCCCUUCCUGCAGGAGGAGACACCUCAGGGCGUCGCUGCUGAGAACCAAGAGCUCAACGCGUUCGAUUCACCCUCCUCCUCUAAAGGCGAAGAGGCUCUCAAGACGUUGGCCAUGCUGAAGCAGGCUCUUUUCAACCACAUGAUCAGCAGAGAGGCGGAGGAGGAGACAGGGGGGGAGAAGAGGGAGAGUGGGGCGCCCGGCUGUCAGCCGAGUGCCUCUUUGCCCGGGAGCCCCGAGGGGGGGCCGUCUGCUGCGAGUGAAGAGAGCCGAGUGUCUUCAAGUUCACAGAGAGACGGCACUCAGCUUCCCUCGGGACUCACAGGGACGUCAGAGACACCUGAACGCAACGGUGGUUUUGUGGUUCUGGACUUUGGAGGCUCAGAGGAGAGCAGCACCGAUGACGACGGGGGAGUAGGAGUGGACGCGGGGAUCGACAUGAGCAAACUGCUCUCCUCCUCCUCGCAGACAGGAGGCGUCAGUGGGCCCAACCUCAGCAGGCAGCUCAUGACUCACCUGCGCCUCCUGCAGGCCGACCUGCAGUAUCUGAAGGAGGUGGAGAUAAAGUACAACGAGCUGCGACAAACACACAGCGACCCGGCUACUGACUCAGAGGACAACAAUGGUUUACCAGACGGGAUUCAGUGAUGAAAGACCUCCUGCUGUCGUCGUCGUAUGAACCAGAUGAAUGUUUCUCUGUGGGUGUCUUCUGGACCUUGUUAUCGUUGAUGUCGCCCCAAACAACAGAGAAUCAAUCUCCGACCACGUCUUGUUUCAGUGGAAGUUUCAGAAUCACCAAUGACGCUCCUUUAAAGGAGGGACACUGCGGAAGAACCAGAGGAUUAUUCACUCUCUUUUCUGUUCUAAUGAUAUUAAUUAUCAAUGCAUAAAUUAUCUUUAACACUGGAGAUACGCUUUGGAAAACAGACUAACUGUGGAUGUACCACGGAGACAAAAUAAGAACAGACAUGAAGACUGUGUGCAGGAUGACUCUCUGAGGAUCCAGAAGGUGGAUUUCUUAUUCAGGACUCACUGCUGUAAACUUGAUAUUUCACUUUGCAAUUCGUGCUUUUCAAACGCCACAUAGUCUAACGUGCUUAACGAUACUUCCCUACUCUGUUACUGCCCUGAAAAGCAAACUUUUAAUCUCCUCUCAUCAUGGUGAGUAUGUGUAAAGAUUCAGGAACAUCUGCAAAAACAUCCCCCCCCCCCCCCUCAAAGAAAACAUAUAUUUAUGUUGCAUGGUUUGUAAUGUAUGUCUUUAGCCUAGCUAAGCAUAAAAAUGGCAAUAAGGAGGACCAGCUGGGCUACAUGGAAAAAACACACCUCUUAACUGUCAUUGGUUGGAUGUUUGUUUUAUCUUCACACAUGCAGAAAUGUUAAAAUGCAAACAUCCGAGUACUAACCCGGCUCUGAUUAGCUUCUGAGACUGGACGAGAUCUUGAGUGUUCAGGGUGCUAUGGCUGUAAGCAGUGUUUUAUAACUCUUAGACAGCUUGAGAUAUUUGACAAAAGGGCUGAUGGAUAAAAGGAUUUUGUCAGAAAGUAUUUUCGGGAAGUAGCUCUCCAUAAAACCAAAAAUAGUUUUCGUCUGGACAAAAAAACAUAUUAAGCUUUGGAUGAGUUUUACUUAUAGGUAGAUUCGGAUGUUAACAUAAAACAUGUUGAAAACAUUUUGAAUGAAAAAAAUUUGACUUAAAUGUUGACAUUUUUCAUGGAAAAAUUGACUUCAAAUUUUUCGAAAAUUGUCAUGAAAAGAUUUUGACUUCGAAAAUGUCUAAAAUUUUCAUGAAAUUUUUUUGACUUCAAAUUUCUCGAAAAUUUUAAUCAAUAAAAAAUGCCGAAGAUUUGAAUGCAAAAAUGUUAAUUUCAAAAAUGUCAAAAAAUUUCAUGAAAAACGUUUUACUUGGAAAACCAAAUCAUGGAAAAGUUUUGGUUUCAAGAAAGUCAAAAAUCUACGUGAAACAAUUGACUUCAAAUUUCUCGACUAUUUUCAUGAAAAGAUUUUGACUUCUAAAAUGUAAAAAAUUGUCAUGAAAAAAAUGUUCAGUAAUGCCGCUUAAUCAUCACUUCUGGGCCUCCAUACAUGUGUGGUGGGGACUGUGUCUGCAGAGACUUUGUCCUCUGACUGGAUUUAGAUUUUUUUGGUUUAUUUUGGUUGAUUCGGGUCGUUUCUGGGCGUGAAGCUGGUGCGUCUCCUCCAGCCAAUAACAGCACGCAGGUGGGUUUGGACGCAAUUUAAACCGGUGAAUAUGACAGACGUGGACAAAGCUGCAAAGAAGAGAUAAUGAGGCGGUGUGCCAAGCUCAUACAGCUCGUUCCAAGACGAGGUUUAGCUUUAGGUCGGCCCUUACCUGCAGACGCAGAGUUGGUCUGUUUUCCGUUGGACAUGCAGGGGCCGAACACCGGCGGUUAGCUAUACAACAAACAACAACCGUUAUAUUCUCAGGUAGCUUGCAGUGAAGUUACAAGCAGUAAACGUACACACUACAUCCUGACAGGAGGAGGGGCCCAGUUUAAAUGUUGUGUUUACAAACUGCAACGGACAUUUCUACUGACUCCACCUUUAAGGCAAUGUUGUUUUUUUUACCUUUUCCACUGUAUUCCAGUCUUUAUGCUAAGCUAGGCUAACCUCUUUAUGAAUCCAGCUCAAAACUUUAUGCACGGAUAUGAGAGUUAGAUCAACUUUCAUAUCUUACUUGCAGAAGAAAAGCAAAGACACAAGUUUCAGAGCUGCACACACUUUUCCUGGCACAUGAAGUAUCAUGAAUCAGAAUCAAACAUCAAUUAUUUUUGAAGUUUUCCACGAAAAAAGUGUGUACUGAUCGUCUUCUUAAGUUUGAAUCUCUGACAUAACUGAAUAACUUUGAAAUUCUGUUUAGCAGCUGUUUUUAAAACCCCCCAGUAUUACAAUUUCCCAGAGCACUUGAAUGUAGCAUGGUAAACCAACAGAACCAGAUCAGCUCUGUCUUCAGCUCACCAAAUAUCUACCAAAUUAAUAAGAGUCGACGAAUAACCAAACAGUACAGACACACAAACAGAACCUCAGUUACAUUUUUGUGUUUUUAAGAAUCUACAUUGUUCAAUGAGGACUCACAUUUUGGUUUUCUUUAUUUUCUGUUUCACCAGGAUGAGUUUAGUGCAGCUGUUAUAAAAUGAUAAACAUUGAGUGUAACUUUUGCUGCACAGCACAUCAUACCAUACAAAGUACAGGCUCCUCAGUGUGUGUGUUCACAUGUACAUUUAUCGGUUUAACUUACCUCUAAGGUGUAUUUUUUCCUUUUUUUCUGACUUCCACUAGCUUCCAUGAUAAUCUCAGUGAAGCUAUCAACUAACCCGAGUGCCAUUUUUCACCUCUUCACCUCCUCGUUUUUUUUUUUUGCGUAUAUCAUGAGAUUUUCUUCAGGAUCGUUUUGAGUUCUGCCCCCGACUUCUUCAUCUUCUUCGUGUAUUAUAUAACCUGUUAUUGUUAAAGGCACACGUUACAAAGAUUCACCUUCACGGUUGGACUGAAAACACUUCAAAACAUUCACCGGCCACUUGACUGCACGGACGGGGAAAUGUUUUUAUGGACUGAUUUAAAUGUAAAGGAAUAUAAUGUACAAAUAUGACUGUGUAUCAAAGGUUUGUGUUUGUUUUUUUACACAAUGCAAUCAUGUAAUAUUUUAACACAAACUAAUUAAAACAGGGUUAAGUAUCCACUCAGCAUGAAA